AACGUGGAUGUACCGUUGCGUGGUCUUCAACCGAAUCUAACUAACCCCAUUCGCGCCUCGCCACCGUCAACCGCCGCGGCGACGCUUCCCUCUUCCAAGCCCCGCCGCCACCGCCGACACAGCCGGAACUACCCGCCACGCCUCUCUCUCUCUCUCUCUCUCUCCGCCAUGGCCGUCCUCCUCCACUCCGCCUCCCGCAUCUCCACCGUCCGGUUCAAUCUUCCUCCACGUUCCCCUGCUCAUGUCCGCAGACGAUUGCUCCCGUUCAGGUGCCUCAGCUCGAGCGUCCCAUUCCCGGCCAACGACGCCAGGUAUCGCCGGGAGCUUGAGGCCGCCACCGACGUUGUGGAGCAAGCUUGCCGUCUCUGUGUUGAUGUGAAGAAAGCCUUGUUUUCGGGUGAUGGUCAGAUUCUCGAGAAGACCGACCAAACACCUGUCACUGUUGCGGACUUUGGCGUGCAAAGCUCUUGUUUUUUUAUUGUUUCGCCAGAGCUGGGAAACUUGUUUCCUUUCAUUCCUUUAGUGGCAGAAGAGGACUCUGCUUCCAUACGUUCUACUGAUUUGGUGGGUUAUGUGGUGGAUGCUGUUACUGAUCAAGCGAGCUCUGAAGGUCAUCCUUUGACAAAGGGUGAUGUUUUAGAGGCUAUUGACCGAGGAGGAAAGAACGACUUCUCUAUGGGAUCGCAGCCAGCCUCGUAUUGGGUUCUGGAUCCAAUAGAUGGGACACGAGGAUUUCUAAAAGGAAGGGAGUCCUUGUAUGUGGUAGGAUUGGCACUUGUAGUUGGUGGAGAAGUUGUAUCAGGCGCAAUGGGAUGCCCUAAUUGGCAGCAAGAUCUAUCCAAUGUAACCAACGAUGGGCUGCAGGAGUAUGAGAUCAGCAAUGCGAGAUCUGAGAUCAUCAUGGUGUCUCAUGUUGGCUGUGGAACAUGGACCAAAAGGUUACCACCACAGCUCAGUAACACAAGUGCAAAGGAAGCCUAUUGGACCAGGUGCUUUGUUGAUGGGUUCUCUGCAGUUCAUGAAGCACGUUUUUGCAUUCCGGAGAGUCAAACAUGGGAGACACUUCCCCUGUCUACUUCAGUCAAAGCAAGAAUGGAAACUGAUACUCCUGGAGGAGGGAAAAUUGUUCUACUGCCAACAUGUUGUGGAAGUUUAUGCAAGUAUAUGAUGGUUGCUUCAGGAAGGGCAUCAACUUAUAUUCUUCGAACAAGAACACAAACCUCAAUCAAGGCUUGGGACCAUGCUGCUGGCAUGAUAUGCGUGCAUGAAGCUGGAGGAAAGGUGACCGAUUGGGAAGGAAGUCAAAUUCAUCUGGCAGCAGAUGCCGCUGAACGGAGAAUCAUAUUUGCUAGAGGUGGUGUUAUUGUGUCUAAUGGGAACCUGCAUGACAAGAUUUUGGGCAUUACUACUUCUGGUUCCUCAUCUAUUUUAGAGGAAGCUCAAGAUUUGAUAAAAAAGAGUUAAAACCACGCAUGUAUUCUAUUGAAUGUAAUACAUAAGCUUCUUGGUGAAAGCUGGGAUUGAAGCUCUAAGCAAGUGCUCUUUUGAGGUCCCUUAUCUUCAGAAAAUCUUCUGAAUGUCUGCAGAAAAGAGACUGCACAAAGGCUUUCAAGGAAGUCCAAAGAACCAUCGAUGCGAUAACUCAAGAAGUCGCAGUUACAUGCAUUAAUUACAAACUGUUUUGAUCAACCUUCAGUCCCAGUGACACACUGAGCAUGAAGGUUGAUGAAAUUAGGGUACAUAGAGUCCAGUGCAUAUUAGGACAAUUCUUUAGUCUAGAGUUCAUGAAAAGUCAACUAUCUGUGCUUUAGUGAAAAUCAUGUAGAGAAACAGAAACUCUGCAGUAAUUCCUCUGUCCUAAAACUCUGUUAUACCAGAAAGUUGUUGCACAAUAAUCAUUUUCCUCUUGAA